CUGUAGACAAGAUUGUCAUUCAAAAAUACCAUACUGUGAAUGGCCACGCUUGGAAGUGAGGAGAACCCUAUUUAAGCAGGAGAUGGCUGGUGCUUCAUCCAGCCAGAGAGGUCAAAGUGGUCCUGGAAACUUUGGUGGUGGUUGUGGUGGGAAUGACAACUCUGGUCGUGGGGGAAACUUCAGUGGGCGAGGUGGCUUUGGUGGCAGGCGAGGUGGCUUUGGUGGCAAUCGUGGUGGUGGACGUGGUGGCAGUGGGGACGGCUGUAACGGAUUUGGUAAUGAUGGAAGCAAUUUUGGAGGUGGCGGAAGCUAUAAUGAUUUUGGCAAUUACAACAAUCAAUCUUCAAAUUUUGGACCCCUGCAAGGAGGGAAGUUUGGAGGCAGAAGCUCUGUGCCCUAUGGUGGUGGAGGCCAAUACUUUGUCAAACCAGAAACCAAGGUGGCUGUGGCAGUUCCAGCAGCAGCAGUAGCUAUGGCAGUGGCAGAAGGUUUUAAUUACUGUCGGGAAACGAAGCUUAGCAGGAGAGGAGAGCCAGAGAAGUGACAGGGAAGCUACAGGUUACAACAGGUUUGUGAGCUCAGCCAAGCACGGUGGUGGCAGGGCCUAGCUGCCACAAAGGAGUCAUGUUUUAGACAAUAUUCACGUGUAUGGGCUAAAACCCGAGGACUAUAUUCAUGACUAAUUAUAUAACAGUUUAUUUUAGUUUCUGUUCUGUGGAAAGUGUAAUGCACUCCAACAAAGGGUUUUAAUGUAGAUUUUUUUGGUUUUUGUACCCAUGCUGUUGAUUACUAACUGUAAUUGUAUGAUCAUGACGCUGAAUAAAUGUGUCUUUAA